GAAGGCACCGUGGAAACUGACACUAGUAACUGCUGAUGACGUCUUCUUCCUACUCUGAGAUCAACAUUCAUGGAGACCAUACCCAAGAGCAAAGUCAAAAUAAAAUGGUGGGUCCCCAGCAGAGCAGCUGUGUACUGAGUUUCCCAAAGUAGAAAGAGAAGCCCCUUAACUGCUGCAUCAUCAAAUAAAUGGAUUCUCAUUUGCCAAGUCUAUCCGUAGAUGCAUACCCCCUUAUUUAUUUCUCCUGAUCCACAUCCACGUCCACAUACACGUUCCUCUCUCUGUGGAUUUCUUCCAUGGCUCCUCAUGAUUCAAUCAAACCUCGAGAUGUUUGCAUCGUGGGCGUUGCGCGGACCCCUAUGGGCGGCUUUCUUGGUUCCCUUUCGUCUUUAUCAGCCACCAAGCUUGGCUCCAUAGCUAUUCGGGGUGCUCUUAGAAGGGCAAAUAUUGAUCCAUCGCUGGUCCAAGAGGUGUUCUUUGGGAACGUUCUGAGUGCAAAUUUGGGGCAAGCUCCGGCAAGACAGGCGGCGUUGGGUGCGGGCAUACCGAAUUCAGUGGUGUGCACCACUAUUAACAAAGUCUGUGCUUCAGGGAUGAAAGCUAUAAUGUUUGCUGCACAGUCUAUCCAAUUGGGUGUCAAUGAUGUAGUUGUGGCUGGUGGCAUGGAAAGUAUGUCUAAUGCGCCUAAAUACCUAGUAUAUGCAAGGAACGGAUCUCGAUUAGGGCAUGAUACUAUUGUUGAUGGUAUGAUCAAGGAUGGGCUCUGGGAUGUUUACAAUGAUUUCGGAAUGGGAAUUUGUGCAGAAAUAUGUGCUGAUCAGCAUACGAUAACAAGAGAAGAACAGGAUUCUUACUCUAUCCAGAGUUUUGAGCGUGGUAUUUCUGCACAAAAUAAUGGUGCCUUUGCAUGGGAAAUAAUUCCGGUUGAAGUAUCUGGAGGGAGAGGAAAACCAUCUACACUUGUUGAUAAGGAUGAAGGUCUAGGAAAGUUUGAUGCUGCAAAACUAAGGAAACUUCGACCAAGUUUCAAGGAUGGGGGUUCAGUUACUGCAGGGAAUGCUUCUAGCAUAAGUGAUGGUGCGGCUGCAUUAGUGCUAGUGAGUGGUAAGAAGGCAGUUGAGCUUAGACUCCAAGUGAUUGCUAAGAUUGCAGGAUAUGGUGAUGCUGCUCAGGCACCUGAGUUGUUUACAACUACCCCAGCCCUUGCAAUACCAAAAGCUAUUUCUAAUGCUGGCCUGAAGGCUUCUCAAAUUGAUUACUAUGAAAUAAACGAGGCUUUCGCUGUUGUAGCUCUUGCCAAUCAAAAGUUGCUUGGUCUUGAUCCUGAAAAGGUCAAUGUUCAUGGUGGAGCUGUAUCUUUGGGACAUCCAAUAGGUUGCAGUGGUGCUCGUAUCUUGGUCACAUUGUUAGGGAUACUAAGACAGAAGAAUGGGAAGUAUGGAGUUGGUGGUAUCUGCAAUGGUGGAGGAGGAGCAUCUGCCCUUGUUCUAGAGCUCAUGAAGAACGACUGACAGAUGCGAAGGAAGACAUGGGUAUGAAAUAAACAACUUUACCUUGAUGGAUGACCAUUCCUCAGCCAUUAGAGGAUCAUCAUGAUGUGGUUUAGGAGUAGAGCUAAAAUAAGCUUCUGGGCAUCUGGGUUCAACUUUGAAUUUCUUGCAAAAUGGUAGCCAUAUCUUUGAGAACUGAGAGGCCUCUAGGAGAGCAUAAAAUGUUAGACAUGACCCACCAUCAUCGGAUAGAUAGAUGCUCAGCUUCUCAGGCUGAUAGUCGUAAGCCAUGACUGAUAGGACUGUGUUGAUGACCAUAGUUGGUGGUUCUAUAAUGGGGUUGGCAGUGCACACAAAUAUGUCUAUCCCAGGUAAAACCUUCUCAUACCUGUUUCAAGGUCAGGAUUAGCCAGAGAAAGAGAUAGGAGAAGAAGAGAAUAAAGAGAGAGACCUUUGGGUAAGUCUGUCUUUGAAGGUGUUGCGGUAGAUGGGGCUCCAUCUUACAGACAGGAUGACAAACCAGUAGAGUAUGUACCAAAGCUCUGAUAAGAACAAUCCUAUCCAAGGCCAUCUUCCAACUUCGCCUUCCUCUGGUAGAUGAGUUAGUCUGUAAACACAAAUCAAACAUAUGCCCACAAAGGUUGAAACAGCAUACAAUCCAAAGAGGAGUCUACCCUUUGCAGCCUUUGUUUCAAACAGAGGAAGCUGGCCAUCUCUUCCCAUCUUCCACACAUUCACUACCUCUGUUGUAUAAGCUAUGACCUUGAUGUAGUUCUACCAAGCAACCGUCAACCAUCAACCCUUUGGUUUCAUUAUAAGAACAUCUUACUCGUUCUAAAUGUC